AUGGACAAAGAUUGCGACAUGGUUUAUAAGAAUGUUUCUGACAUAUAUAAAUCCGGGGAGUUUAAGACCUACGACAACUUUGUUUCGUUAGUUGCAAAAUGUGUUUGGGAAAUAAGAGAUAAAGAUAGAAGAGGCAAAGUAUGGAAUGAACAGAUAAGACCCGCUAUGUUUGAGUUAAAGAAAACCAUUGACGCUUUAGUUGUUCUAGCAGGUAAGGUUUCAGAAUAUAACGCAAAAAUGAACCCACAAUGUUCAAAAUGUAAAGCAGCAAUAAGGAAAUAUAACUACUCCGUCAAAGAGAUAGAAAGAAUGCGAAACGACUAUGCUGACUUAAAGAAAGAAGUAGAGAAACCAGCAGAAGAUAAAAUGAACAUGUUAGAAUUUCUGAACAAAAACUAUCCAACAGCAGAAGAUUUCCUUCUAUCUGACGUCAAGAAGAAAUAUAAAGAGACUUUCGGCAUUGUUAAAACAUUCGAUGUACUGACAGAAGAAAUAGAAGCUACAAAACUGUUUAAGAUUUCAAAUAUACAUCGUACAAUUCAUGUAAAACGCUUAUAA